GCAAAAGCUUGAAUACCAACCAACACCGUCAGAAUGUUGCGGCUGCCGAGAUCUUCCAUUAGGCACCUGCAUGCUACCGCCUCGUCUUGCAAUCGGAAGAUACCAAAGAAGCAGGUGGAACAUUUACCUGCUGAAAAGUUGGAUUCCUUAGCGUCCAUGCUGGAGCAGAAUGCAAAGGUCAACUCCAAAACAAGUGCGCAGGAAACACUAUUUGAAAUGCUUGAACAAGACAGACCAAAGUCGACAAACCUAAGAAAGAAAGCCUACGAGAAGCUUAUGACCAAAAUAGACACCUCUUACACUGUUCAGCAACUACAAUCGUAUCUCCGGAGUCAAAAUAUCCCAGCUCCAAGACAUAAGACGGCUUUGGUAGAGCGAAUUGUGAAGCGAGCUUGGGGCAUUGAGUCCCCAGAAGAACGUGAGGCCGCCAGAAAGGUCAUUACGGAAGUGCUGCCCAGUACAAAGCGGGAACUCGUCUUGUUGAUCAGCGAUCAAGGUCAGUUUCUUCAACAUGUGCAAAAUGAAACCAAGGCGUCCAUUACUGUACAGUCGCACGAUCAAAGCUUGUUGUUACACGGAAGAAAAACGGCUGUUGAGGAAGCAAAAAAAAUGCUCCAGGAUUUACCAGAACCAGUUGAAACCACGCGACGUCAAGCGGCUUUGCCCGAGCGAUGGCAAGAGCUUGAACGUCUCAUCCCUGAGAUGUCAAAAUUGACUCGAGCAUUUAUAUCACCGGAACAAGACGGUGUGAUUCGGGUAUCUGCCAAAACACAGGAGAAGGUCGAUUCAGCAAAUCGAUUACUAGAUGUUGUCAGUAGCAAGCUUAAGUUAGCCAAGUCGACACAGUCGCCUGACCAAGCAAAUGAAACGCUUUUGCGAAGUAUUGGUGAUGAAAGCCUUGCAUUCAUGCCGUUUUAUGACCCCAUCGCCAUGCCACUGACAGCAAAAAUUAGCGGAUGGAGUCGCCUUCAAUCUGCAAGUACUGAUAAGGACAGCAGCUCGGCAUUAUCCACAAUGCAGGAUAACAUAAAGGAUGAGGAACUUGUUUCUGGAUACACCGGACGGCGCAGCACAGCUUUAUCAAAGCUACGGGACGAAUUUAGGAGGGAAUUUGAUGAUAACAAAUCAUUCAACGUUGAUAUAUAUGCCAGAUUUGGCAACCUGAUCUUUCAAAAUCCAACCACUACUCCGAAUGGCCCCAACUACUUGCAUAGCCCUAUUAAUGGCGCUUUUAGCAUAAGCGAUUUUCAGAAACAGUACGAUUGGCAGCAUGAAAGGCAGUGCUUCUUUUCCAGGUGAGUGGUAUACCAAAUUGAAGUCAGUGCGGAACAGCGUGAGUAACACUGUACCAUUGUGUUCCACAGCCAACCAUCUAAACGCCUGACUUUGCCGUAUACACCAUUGUCGCUCAAGCCAAAACGCUCAGUUACAUUAGAAUACAUAGACAGCGACUUUUGGAAGUCAGCAAAGACAAAGUCUCACCAGCGGCUUUUGGUUGAAUUCAACGUUGGCAGUGACCAUACACUGGCUCC